AUGAACGUGGCUCUCCGGGAGCUUUUCUCGGCAAGGAUGCUGCAGCGAUUUGCCAUUUCCUUCUCCAGUGGGUCCAGGGGACGAGUGACUCCUGAAGUGAUCCGAUGCCUCAACAGCGCUCUGCAGGUGGGCUGCGGGGCUUUUGCAUGCCUGGAAAACACGACGUGUGACACAGAUGGCAUGUAUGACAUCUGUAAAUCCUUCCUGUACAGUGCUGCGAAAUUCGAUACUCAGGGAAAGGCCUUCGUCAAAGAAAGUCUGAAGUGUAUCGCCAACGGCAUAUCCUCCAAGGUCUUCUUGGCCAUCAGAAGAUGCUCCACCUUCCAGCGGAUGAUCUCAGACGUCCAAGAGGAGUGUUACCGCAAGCUGGACAUCUGCGACGUGGCCAAGAGGAAUCCCGAAGCCAUCACCGAAGUGGUCCAGCUGCCUAGUCACUAUUCCAACAGAUACUACAACAGGCUCGUCCGUAGCCUCUUGGAGUGCGACGAGAAGACGGUGAGCAAAAUCAAGGACAGCCUGAUGGAGAAGAUCGGCCCCAACAUGGCCAGUCUCUUCCACCUGCUGCAGACGGACCACUGUGCCCAGGUCCAGCCCCGGGCUGACUUCAACCGAAGGCGAGUGGCCGAGCCUCAGAAGCUCAAGAUCUUCUUCAAGAACCUCCGAGGUGAGGGCGCCACCACCUCCUACAUCAAACGCACAUCGGCCGAGAGCGCGUAGCCGAGGCCCCCCGCCGAGAUGGUUUCGUUUUAGGGGAGACGAUGUGCCCGCCCUGAGUGUGCCGUGCCUCCUUUACUUUUGUCAGCCUUUUCAUUUCAAAGUAGUUCCUCUUUUCUGCCCUCCUUUUCCUCCCACCCACCCUCCAGCCCUUAGAGACAACCGCAUGCAACAAGGCUUCUGUGUCCAGCGUCCCGCCAUUGCCAAGGCAACGUCCCCGAGAACUGAACAGCCUCUUCCCCGAUGGAAACCGCCCUUGUCCGUGCCCUUCCCCAAACGCCCUCCGACCCCCGCGUCCGUCCCUCCGUCUGUGCUCUCCCCCAUGGAAGGUGUGGAGCCCCCUAGAAUAGUCGUCCCCCGAGGCUUAGUCUCGCCCACACCGAGAGAUGCCGAAUGGAUGGAGUUCGUGUUAUGAAUCUGUGCUGGCCAUGGACGAAUAUGAAUGUUGUGCUUUCAGUCUGAGGGUCUCAGGCGACCUGGAUUCCUUUUGUAUUCGGGGCUCCCCUACCAAAGUGCUCAAGCCUCAUUCUCCGGCCUGUCACGUUGUGCAUUUCGAUAGAGAAUCAGACUCCUAUCUCCACGUACUGUAACUGCUCAGAGCUUUAAAAGUCUCUUUAACAAUUGUCUUAAAAACUAGCAUAUCUUAAGGUCUAACUGUGGAAUGUAAAGAGCUGAGGACU